UUGGUCUUUCUUCUCAAUCAAAAUUAGUCCUUUUUUUUCUCUUCUUCUUCUUCUUCCUCUCCUCUGUAGAGACUGGGACUUCAUUUUUUUUCCCCACUUCUCAUGCAUUACAACUCUAUAGAAAAAUACAACAAAAAAGAACUAAUCUUUGGGUGUCCAUAACUGAUAAAAGGGGUAAAAAAAGAUAAUACCCAAAAAAAAUAAAAAAUAAAAAUGGUGAACUAUUAUAUGUUUUUUUUCAUAUUUUUAUCUUGUAUUCUUGUUUUGGUUUCUGGGUUUUCAAGAAAUUUGCCAAUUUUAGCUUUUGAUGAAGGCUACUCUCAUUUAUUUGGUGAUAAUAAUCUUAUGAUCCUUAAAGAUGGAAAAUCAGUUCAUAUUUCUCUUGAUAAAAGAACAGGGGCUGGAUUUGUGUCUCAAGACCUUUAUUUUCAUGGAUUUUUUAGUGCUUCUAUUAAGUUACCUGCAGAUUAUACAGCUGGUGUUGUUGUUGCAUUUUAUAUGUCUAAUGGGGACAUGUUUGAGAAGAACCAUGAUGAAAUUGAUUUUGAGUUUUUGGGAAAUAUUAGAGGCAAAGAUUGGAGAAUUCAGACUAAUAUUUAUGGGAAUGGUAGCACAAGUGUUGGCAGAGAAGAAAGAUAUGGACUUUGGUUUGAUCCUUCUGAAGAUUUUCAUCAAUACAGUAUCCUGUGGACUGAGAAUUUGAUCAUCUUUUAUGUAGAUAAUGUUCCCAUAAGAGAGAUCAAGAGGACAAAAGCCAUGGGUGGGGACUUCCCAUCUAAGCCAAUGUCUUUAAUAGCUACAAUAUGGGAUGGUUCUAAUUGGGCUACAAAUGGUGGAAAAUACAAAGUCAAUUACAAAUACGCCCCGUAUAUUGCUGAGUUCUCCGAUUUCGUCCUCCACGGAUGUGCAGUCGAUCCAAUCGAACUAUCAUCCAAAUGUGAAAACACUACGCCAAAAACUCCAUCGAUCCCUACCGGUAUCACCCUUGACCAAAGACGAAAGAUGGAGAACUUCAGAAAGAAGCAAAUGCAAUAUUCAUACUGCUACGACAAGACUCGGUACAAGGUCCCUCCUCCGGAGUGCGUGAUUGAUCCUAAGGAAACUGAACGACUCCGAGCCUUUGACCCAGUUACAUUCGGAGGAUCCCACCACCAUCACGGUAAACAACACCGCCGGAGCAGAUCAAAGUUGAAGGAUGAUGAUGUAUCCUUUAUGUAAAAAAAGACCCAAUGCCAUAUGUUUUUCUCUAUAUAGUCACAUGAUGAUGAUCAUUUGAGGUUUUGUUAUUUUCACAUGUGAAUAGAGGAUAUAAAAGGAUAUAUUGUUGGGGGUAUGUAUAUAUGUCAUACCUAUAUAGGGGUCCCAAGCCAUGUUCUAGCUGAUGUAUUUUGUUGUUUGGGCCUUUAAUUUAUAAAUUCAACUUGUUGGUGAUUUUGUGUACUUUUUUUUGUGUCACUUUUUAAUAAAUGCAUGAAUAGUACAAAGAUUAUUUAUUA